AUGAAGGGGGAGCCCCCUCCCCUUGUUGUGGCCGAGGUGGGGCGGGGGUCGCGGGAAGGCAGCCCAGGCCAUUUCCUGUACCAGACGAAGUCCGAGUGCCAUUUCCUCAACGGGACGCGGCAGGUGAGGUUCCUGGACAGGUACUUCUACGGCCGGCAGGAGUUCGUCCGCUUUGACAGUGACCGCGGGGAGUUCGAGGCCGUCACGGCGUUGGGGAAGGAGGAUGCCCAGGCUUGGAACCGAGACAAGCGCAUCCUGCAGAACGCGAAGGCCGCCGUGGAUUUCUUCUGCCGACACGCCUACCAGGUUUCCCAGAGCAAUUCUGUGCUUGGCCGGAGAGCCAAGCCCACCGUCUCCAUCUCCCCCACCAAGCUGGACCCCGCUUCCCCCAACACCAUCCUCUUCUGCAUCGCGAGGGGAUUCUACCCCGUGGAGAUCGAGGUCCGGUGGCUGAAGAACGGGCGGCCGGAAGAGGGCGUGGCCUUCGGGGAGGAGCUCCAGAAUGGAGACUGGACCUACCAGCUCCAGGUGAUGCUGGAGACCCAGCCCCAGCGGGGGGACGUCUACACCUGCCAGGUGGAGCACGCCAGCCUGGAGGCCCCCAUCACCGUCCAA